AUGCUGGCCACCAACUUUCAUUACUACGCCAACGACAACGUCGAGGGACCAGUUAACGAAGUGAAUCUAAACACAUCUCUGAUCUCUCGCUUUGGUGACGUAGAACUGUCGGACAGCAAAUGGUAUCAAGAUCAGGCAGCAAUGCAGUUUCAAACUGAGAAUUACGAAGACGAAGAGAGUCCUCAAAAUAUGGAAGAAAAGUUCGGUAUGAAACAAGAGGAAAUCGAUGAAUUGUUUCGCUUCUUGGACGAGUCUAUUCCUCCAUCAAGUAUGACUACAGAACGCGUGGAGCAAAAGGAGCAGACCCAAGUUUCAUGUCACUUGCCAGAACACAAUCAGGAGCCAAGCCGUACAAGUCAAGACUCUCAGGCAGACCCCAAGUGGAUACGGCCUCCACCAUUCCCACCACCAGGAUAUUUUGUUGACUUCAACGGAGUACCUCAGACAGAAGGUCUGCUUGGAAAAGGCUCUAAAACCACACAGCCAGACAAGUCUAUGAACUCAACUUCGGCCCGAGGAGAACAAGGGCUUGGCAAAAUGCAGUUGACUUCCACACCGACUAUGACGAAAUCACUGAAAACUCACCAUCUGGUACUGACCAAAGCUCUUGGAAAGAAGUCGAAACAAAAGCCUAAGGUGCAAAAAACCUCCCCCAGAAAGGAGCCCGAGGACAACGACGACGACUUAGAGUAUACGUGGAAACUGUAUCGGGUAGUUCAUGAACAAGAGAAGGCGAAGCUGUUGAAGCAAAAGGCUUUGAAUGAGAACCCAGUAUAUAAUUCGUCUCCAGAUGUUCCGAGUCAACUACAGCAGGCGCUGAAGCAGUCCAUCUCUUCAAUUAAACCAAUACUGCCUCCCCAGAAUAACUUUCAGGGACAAUUCAAUCAGGUUAACCAACUUAGGCCAAGUCUGCCAAAGCGAGGUGUUUCUCAACAGAAGCAGCAGGUAACAAAUCAGCCACAGCAGGUUGCUUUUGUACGAGAGUAUAGGGAACAGAUGUCGGCUAACGAGGAAGAGAAUAGAGAGCAGGAGCUCAAGAAACAAAAGCAGAUUAGGAGACAACAGCAGCAACAGAAAAGACGUCAAAAGGAGGAGGAGCAAAGAAAGCUCCAAGAAGCUCAGGCCUUGAAAAUCGAGGAGCAGGAGGCUAAACUUGCAGAGCAAAAAAUUCAACUCGACUACUAUAAGGGCCAGUGCCAGCAACAUAUAAUGCAGCAGCUCUUGUCCCAGCCGCCUCCUACUCAAUACCAGCUUCUUCAGCAGAGUAGCCAGGAUUUGCCUUCGCUGCAAAGCAGGCUCCCUCAGCAGCUGUUUCAGCAACUGCAGCGGCGUGCUCAGCUGCCCGUUCAGCUGCCGGUUCAGCCAAACUCACAAGGUUCUCAAUUUGGCAAGUCUAAGAGUACCCAACCACAAUUUGAGUUCCCCCAGCUGUCGUAUCAGGCUCCCCAUAUCCAGUCUCAGGAUGGCUACCAUGAGCCUCAGACUUUCACAGAGGAAGGCAUGGCUGCUAAUUCACAGCAGUAUUCUCAGACACAAAAUUGUUGGACACCGAAGCAGCGCUUACAGUCUCCUUCAAAGAGACAGGCUCAAUCUGCCCCAAACCAUAGAACACCUGAGCAGCAGUCUCGAGUGCCUCCACAACAGGUGCCACAACUUCCGUCCCAGUCUGCUCAGCAGGCGCCGCAAAGCAGCUUGAGAGGCAGAAGCACCACUCCCAAAACAAGUCUGUUGCUCCCAAAAAAAGCGGUUGAGGCUCCAAAACAAUCAAGGAAGAGACCAAAUUCCGAAGAUCUCUUCCACUUUGAUUUGGUACCCCAGAAACCUCUUGUGGCAGAGGAUGACUACCAAGACCUCUCAACUGCUCACGACGGCAACAAGAAUCAUGGCACUGGCGAGCUGAUGUUCGAUAUAAAUACCUUUUUCAUUGAUCCAAGUGAAAAUUUGGACCUUUCGCCACAACCCAAGCGAGUGAAGCUCAAUUAG